UCACUCGCGAUCGUGAUCGUACGUGGCAUCAGAAAGGAUACCAGUGAUCGCACAGAGGGUAGCGAGACACUGUUGCUUCGCCUCCAUCGCUGCCCAUUGACAGCUCUCGGCGGAACUACCGCCCGCGGCCCCAUGCAUCGCUGCUUCCAGACUCCAGAUAUUGUACGCUUAAUAGUGAACAGCCUAUGGGGUGCAAACGAGCGCAGGAUCGACAACCCAGCUGACCCGGUAUCCCUGCGAGUAACAUAUAGAUCACUCGCAUGUCUUGCACGGACGUGCAAGACACUCCAGCCCCACGCACUCGAUGCUCUAUGGAGUCUCCAGUGGGGUAUUGAGAACCUGCUUCGGUGCAUGCACCCACGUCUGUUGGUUACAAAGAAAGUCUCCCUGGGUCCCGCUAAAGGAAAGAUUUUCAUGCUAUGCCUCACCAAAACCAAGCUCGAUCCUACCGACUGGGGUAAUUUCGAUUCUUACGCACAUCGAAUCAAGAGAUUGAAGAUCUCUUGGCCGGGACAUCUCACCCUGACUCCCGCGGAACCGUGCGUCUACCGUGCCUUGGCCAUUUGUGACCACCACCGACGGCCAUACCUCCCAAACCUCACCCACCUCACAUACGAUAUGUCCGAGUUAUCGCCAGACAUACUCAGCUUCUGUGUCACCCUUCUGGGGCCGUCGACUCGCUCGCUACAUGUACACGGAGGCCAGGGAGACUUGAUCACCAUGCCUUUUCUGUUGUCAUCUUCCUUGCGCCUCUCUCCAUCAAUACGAGAGCUAGCGCUUACGCUUGGUUCAUCUCCAGAUGGUUUCUCAUCGUUCACCAAUGCAUUAAAGCUGCUCGACAGGGUGCACACUCUGUCGCUUACGCUACAUGCGCCGCCUCCGGUCGAGCUAUGGAAUGCGCUCGCAGCAGCGCCGCCUCUCAUUCGCUUGACGCUUGGCCUUCCUAGAGGCUCGUUGUGGAACUCCGCAAUCACUUCUAACUUGGAUUCGGGAACCGUGCUCAACCUCAGCCGAAUCACCCAUCUCACUUUGCGCGACGUCAAUGCUGCCGACUGCGUGCGAAUAUUUGGAUCCUGCUCAUUCGCGAGCCUCGUGGGCGUAUACAUCACUUUCCCCUUCAGGGGACCAGCCAAUGGUCUUGAGCUCGCUGAGGCUCUGGCCGCGUCAUGCCCCCCUACUCUGCGUGAAUUAUCGCUUCACUCCUCAGUGAAGCCCUUCUUGGGCAUCCCUGCCGAUCGACUCCUCCUCUUCUGCGGUUGCCGAGAAGUUGAACGUGUCGAUCUGUCGGUCGUCUCCGACCUCGAUGAUGCGACUUUAGAGGGCAUUGCACGUAUGUGGCCGAACCUGCGCAAACUAGAUUUGAUGUCCCACAGGGGCCAACAACCGAGAGAACAGCCUGAGGGCAAUGGCACUACCCCGGAAGGCUUGGCGAACCUCGUCAGCGCGUGCCCCCAUUUGCGCGAGUUGUCACUCCAGACGGACUUUCGCUGUGUAGAUAUAUCGAAGGAUCGGCCAUGGUCCGGCUCUACCAGCGAGCAUAUCAGAGCCGUCGACGUCGGUUCUUCCCUAAUCGCGGACGCGGCCCUCACUGCUGCAUUCCUGUCUGACUUAUUCCCCAACCUUGUCGCAAUAUCUCAGCACGGUGGUACUCCGGACCCUGCCGGACGAUGGGCAGAAGUAGUUCGGCUAUUGAGUAUUUUCACGACAGUACGCGCCCAAGAGAGGCGGAGACACACCCAGUCAGCCCAAAGGACUGCAGAAUUUGAAGGUAGACGGCCGCAAGGGAGCACAGUGAUGACUACUGCACCAACGACUCGUAUUACUGUGCUGGAGCCUGUUGCAGGCAUAGAUUGAGUUGCGUGUUGUCACUGCUAGCCACGUAGCCUCGCACUUUCAUUCGAAAUUUACAACUCGGGUUUCCUUCUAUCUUGUGGUUCAGUAGCAGAUCUACAGUGUAUGAACGCGUCGGGCC